AUGGGUUUAUCCAUUUCGUGCCCCUUUGCUGCGUGGACAGAUUUAGAAGCCAGUUUCACAUCCAUCAGUUGUUUAGAAGAUGAUGAACCUAAAAGUUUGUUCCGAUCUAUCAGUUUCAAGAACCAAGACUCUGAACCAAGUGUAAUGAAGUCUGUAGACUCUCAAAAGAUAGUUCAUGAAUCUUUAAGCCUUAAAAUCCCUUCACCAGAAAAAAAUGCUUUAAUUUGUGCUAAAAAGAAGGAACUUUGCACCCAAUCCCCAAGAUUUGAUCAUAGUUCUAUGAUCGAAUCCCUGCAAUUGUCCACUUCUGAUUCAGGGAGUCCCAAACAUGAAGCAGCCACAAAGUUGCAGAAAGUGUAUAAAAGCUUUAGAACAAGAAGAAAGCUGGCAGAUUGUGCAGUUUUAAUUGAACAAAGCUGGUGGAAAGUCUUGGAUUCUGCAGAACUCAAAAGGAGUUCUAUAUCGUUUUUCGAUAUUGAUAAACAUGAGACGGCCAUAUCACGUUGGGCCCGAGCAAGAACCCGAGCUGCCAAGGUUGGGAAAGGACUAUCAAAGAAUUGCAAAGCCCAGAAGCUUGCUUUGCAGCACUGGCUUGAGGCAAUAGAUCCAAGACAUCGUUAUGGGCACAAUCUUCACUUCUAUUACUUAAAAUGGCUUCAUUCUGAAAGCAAAGAACCUUUCUUCUACUGGUUGGAUAUAGGAGAAGGUAAAGAAGUGAAUCUUGUUGAAAAGUGUCCUAGAUCAAAACUUCAGCAGCAAUGCAUCAAAUAUCUUGGCCCGAUGGAGAGGAAGGCGUAUGAAGUAGCGAUAGAGGAUGGGAAGCUCUUUUACAAACAAACCGGCGAGUUCAUUGAUACCACAAGACAAACAAAGGGUGCUAAGUGGAUCUUUGUCCUCAGUGCAACUAAGACUUUAUAUGUUGGUGUCAAGAAGAAAGGUUCGUUUCAACAUUCAAGUUUUUUGGCUGGGGGAGCCACAUUGGCUGCCGGGAGAAUUGUUGCUGAGAAUGGUGUCCUUAAGGCAGUCUGGCCUCACAGCGGUCAUUAUCGUCCUACCCAAGAAAAUUUUCAAGAUUUCAUUUCAUUCCUCCGGGAAAAUGGUGUGAACACUUCUUAUAUAAAGAUGGAUUCCAAUGAUGAUGAUGAUACUAAUUCCCACGUAAGAACUAUUUCAUCCGAGAGCGAAAAGGAGCGUCUGGAGACCGAAGAUGCAGAUCUUGAAGAUCAUAUCCCAGAAAGAACCGUUGAAGAACAAGAUUCAAAAUUGGCAUCAGCAAAGAAGCCAAGAUUGUUUGGUAGUUUCGCUAGGAACUUAAAUCCUCUUGAAAUACCAAAAAAUGACGAUUUCUUGUUAGAAUCAAAGACUGAGAAUCAAGGUUUCACAUCAGAAAUCAUGUUGGAUGGUUUUUCGGACGAUGAACAUGAUCCAGAAGUGGAGGCGGCUGUUCCUAAAGAAUCUAUUCUUCAAAGGAUCAAUUCACAUAAAGAAACAAAAUCAUUUCAAUUGGGAAGGAAGCUUUCGUGCAAAUGGAGCACAGGAGCCGGACCUCGAAUUGGUUGUUUGCGAGAUUACCCAACACAGCUACAAUCGCAUGCUCUAGAACAAGCAAACUUGUCUCCAAGAAGCUUGAGGUAUUUCGAUCGAAGAAACAGUCAACGUUACAGAACACAGUCGUCCCUAUUGAUCGCCUGAUGGAUAAUCAUAACCACAUCAGGUGAUUUCUUAGAGUUGUUUGAUUAAUUUGUUACUUUCUAGUGACGAUAGCAGAUUGACUUAGGUAUUUUAGACAUUCUUUUCAAGUCCAUAUCUUCAAAUCUUGUAUAGGGUUUUAGGUCUCUUCUAUCUUCCCAGUUCUGUAUAGAUACAAAUUGAAAUAGAAGCUGUAGAUUCACAUGGGUAUUCAUUGAUAAUACUCUUUUUUACCAUUAAUGGA